AUUGGCCAGCGGUACGUGACGUCACGUUUAUAAUUUCGCGGGAAAAAUCACAGCUGACCGCGUGUGGCAGCAGCAGCAGCCCGCAGUAGCAUCGCUGACAACGCCAUUGGCAGUGUUGGAAAAACAACACCACUCUCGUUAAGCUUCAGCCCGCGCGGUCUCCUCAACAUGUCACAGAAGAACACGCUCUUCAAGUACUUCAACAAAUCGCCGGGCCUGACCGCCAAGGCCAAGAGCGCUGGCUCGCCCACCGAGGCCGACCCGCCUCCCCCGGGGGCCUCGUCUCCGCCUACCGAGAAGGAGCGCGGUCCGCGGGCGGCGAACGCUAAGCGAGAGCGCGGCUCCGAUGUGGCCCAGGCCCGAGAGGCGGCGAAGGCGCCAAAGUCGUCGGAAGAGAGUGAGUUCCAACCAGGUGACUUGCUGUGGGCCAAGCUGGAGGGAUACCCGUGGUGGCCCAGCCUGGUGUAUGACCACCCCGAGUCCGGAGCGCACACACGGGGCCGCGGAAAGUCCCUGAGAAUCCACGUGCAGUUUUUUGAUACUCCUCCUACCCGCAGCUGGGUCGGUGCAAAGUACUGCAAGCCCUACAAUGGAUCCAGCUCGAAGGAGGCGCAGAGGGGAGGCGUCUUCUUCAGCACCAAUCCUCAGAUCCUGGGGGCGAUGAAGCAGGCCGACAAGGCGAUUCCGCUGAGCAUGGAAAAGCGCCUAGACCUCGUCGUGUGUGUGGAGCCAUCGGAUGAAGAGGACAGCGAUGAAGCUGAUGAAGAGAUGGAGGUGGAUGCGAUUGCGUCGGACGUGGAAGCGAAUGGAAAGGGUGACGGCGAGGAGGAAGAGAAGGAGGAGGACGACGGGGGAAGUGAUGGCACCGCGUGCGAGACGCGCACCCCUUUGCGCUCGACGCGCAAAACGGCACUCGAGAAAAACGGUCGGAAGAACAAGCGGCGCCGCAUUGUGGUGCCCUCCGACACCGAUGACAGCGACGCCGAGUUCAAACCGGACACGGUCGAUGCGAGCAGCGAUGAGGCCAGCAGCGGUGUCGAUGAGAAGGAAGCAAGCGAGCCCGAGUCCGCCUCCGACCCGGAGUCGCCCGUCAAGAAGCGCAAGCGCACCACAACCAAGGCUCCCGCCCUAACGCCCAGUCGCCAGCCGUUGAUGCUGGGUCUGAGCAGCGUUGCGUCGUCCGGAAAGGCGGCGACCCCCAAGCAAGCCCAGACGGGUUCCAAUGCCAAGGCUAAGCUGUCCGCCUUCUCGUCGGACACCCUCGAGAGCCAGAAUGGCGGGGGGCAGGAUGGCGGAAAAGAGGGUGGCGGGUGGGACCAUGAGAAGCUGGACUGGUUGCGGGACGGCAAGCGUCGCGACGGCAAGAGGCGGCUCCAGUCGGACCCCGAGUACGACCCUUCCUCCAUCUACGUCCCCGAUUCCUUCCUGUCCGCGUGCACGCCUGGCAUGCGGCGCUGGUGGGAGAUCAAGAGCACGUUGUUCGACACCGUGCUCUUCUUCAAGGUGGGCAAGUUCUACGAGCUGUACCACAUGGACGCGCUGACGGGCGUGUCGGAGCUGGGCCUGCUCUUCAUGAAGGGCACAUGGGCCCACUCGGGCUUCCCAGAGACCUCCUUUGCGCGCUUCUCGGAUGGGCUGGUGCAGAAGGGCUACAAGGUGGCGCGAGUGGAGCAGACGGAGACGCCCGACAUGAUGGAGGCUCGCUGCCGCGCCAUGGCUCGCCCGGCCACAAAGUUAGACAAGGUGGUGAAGCGCGAGGUUUGCCGCAUCAUCACCAAGGGCACGCAGACGUACAGCAUCCUCGACGGCGAUCCCUCAGACGCGCAGAACAAAUUCCUGCUGGCCGUGCGCGAGAGGGAGGGCCCGCCCGGCGGCAGUGGCAACAAUAGCGGCGCGAACGAGACGGGGGCGUCCGUGCGCACGUACGGCGUGUGUUUCGUCGACACGUCUGUCGGGGUCUUCCACCUGGGCCAGUUCACGGACGACCGCCACUGCUCGCGCUUCCGCACGCUGGUCGCGCAUCACGCACCCGCGCAGGUUUUGUACGAGCGCGGGGGCUUGUCAGCCGAGACGCAGAAGAUUGUCCGUGUGACGCUGGCUUCGGCACUGCAGGAUGCUCUGACGCCCUCCACUCAGUUCUGGGAUGCCACCAAGACGCUCAAGGUGCUAGCGGAGGAGGGCUACUUCAAGGUCGAGGACGAACGCGGAGGCAGCGGCGGCGGUGGGGGCAGUAGCGGUGCCCUGCCGCCCGUGCUGCGCGCCAUGACGGCCGCCAGCGACUCGCUGGGCCUGGCGGCGGCGGACGAGGCGGAGCUGGCGCUGUCCGCCCUGGGGGCCAUGCUCUUCUACCUUCGCAAGUGCCUCAUCGACCACGAGCUCCUCUCCAUGGGCAACUUCCGCCGCUACCAGCCGCCCGACCUUGCGCUCGCCGGCGAUGCGCACAACGGCCACCGUGACGCCAACGAGGAUGAUGAUGAGGAGGAGGAGGUGGGCAGCACGGGACUCGCGACUCGCCGCAUGGUGCUGGACGGCGUGACUCUCACCAACCUGGAGGUUCUGCAGAGCAGCACGACGGGCGGCGUGGAGGGCACGUUGCUGGUGCGCCUCGACUCGUGCCUCACGCCGUUCGGGCGCCGCCUGCUGCGCGCCUGGCUGGUGGCGCCGCCGUGCGACCCACGAGCCAUCGACGACCGCCUCGACGCGCUGGAGGACCUCAUGGCCGUCCCCGACAAGGUGUUGCAGGUGAAGGAUCUUCUGCGCAAAAUGCCCGACCUGGAGCGGCUGCUGAGCAAGAUUCACGGACUGGGCACCCCGCUGCGCGCGAGCCGCGACCACCCGGACAGCCGCGCCAUCCUCUACGAGGAAACGGCGUACAGCAAGCGCAAGAUCGCCGACUUCCUCUCCACGCUCGAGGGUUUCCGCGCUGCCAGCCAGGCUGCUGGCCUGCUGCAGGAGUGCGCGGGCGACUUCAAGUCGCGGCUUCUGCGCAAGGUGGUGUCUACGGAAGAUGGGGGGCACUUCCCAGACCUGUCCCCCGAGUUGCAGCGCUGGGACACGGCGUUCGACCACCAGAAGGCGCGCAGCUCAGGCGUCAUCACCCCACGUCCAGGCUUCGACCCCGAGUAUGACCAGGCGCUCCUGGACAUCUCCGCCAACAAGAAAUUGCUCGAUGAAUACUUGGAGAAGCAGCGCAAGCGUCUGAGCUGCAAGUCCAUCGUCUACUGGGGCACGGGUCGCAACUGCUUCCAGAUGGAGGUGCCGGACGCCGUGGCGCAGAGGAACACUCCCGAGGAGUACCAGCUCAAGUCGACCAAGAAGGGCUUCCGCCGAUUCCACUCGCCCGAGAUCGAGCGGCUGAUGGCGCUUCUCUCGGACGCCGAGGAGCGGCGCGACAUAGCCAUGCGCGACUGCAUGCGCCGCCUCUUCUACAACUUCGACGCCAGCUACAAGCAGUGGAGCGCCGCCAUGCACUGCAUGGCCGUCCUGGACGUGCUUCUCAGCCUGGCUCACUACAGCGAGCAGGGCGGAGAGGGCGCUAACCCCAUGUGCCGCCCGAGCGUGCGGCCGCCCCCCUCGGAGGGCGGCUCGUCGGGGGGGGGGCCCUUCCUGGAGCUGCGUGGCUCCCGCCACCCCUGCGUCUCCACCACCUUCCUGGGCGACAGCUUCAUCCCCAACGACGUGGUGGUGGGCCUUUCGGAUGGAGACGAUGACGGCGGCGCCCGUUGCGUGCUCGUCACGGGACCCAACAUGGGCGGCAAGUCGACGCUCAUGCGCCAGGCGGGGCUCAUCGUCAUCAUGGCACAGCUGGGCUGCUACGUGCCGGCCGAGGCGUGCCGCCUGACGCCCGUGGACCGCGUGUUCACGCGGCUGGGGGCCUCUGACCGCAUCAUGUCUGGGGAGAGCACGUUCUUCGUGGAGCUGAGCGAGACGUCCAGCAUCCUGCAGCACGCGACGCGCCACUCCCUCGUGCUGCUCGACGAGCUUGGCCGCGGCACGGCGACGUACGACGGGACGGCGAUCGCGAGCGCCGUGGUGCACGAGCUCGCCGAGGGCGUGCGCUGCCGCACGCUCUUCUCCACACACUACCACUCGCUCGUGGAGGACUUCGCGGCCAGCCCACACGUGCGCCUGGGCCACAUGGCGUGCAUGGUGGAGCAGGAGAAUGACGACGACCCCAGCCAAGAGACCAUCACCUUCCUCUACAAGUUCGUUGCCGGCGCGUGCCCCAAGAGCUACGGCUUCAACGCCGCCCGUCUGGCCGGGCUGCCCGACGCGGUUGUGCGGGCAGGACACCGCAAGGCGCGCGAGUUCGAGAGCAGCACCAACGCCCUCCGUGCAUUCAGGAUGCUGUGUUCCAUGUCGGAGGGGAACUUUCACCUUGAGAAGCUGAAGGACAUUCAGAGGAUGAUCGGCGAGCUGUGAGGGCUGAUGAAUGUUUGCGCUCCUUUGCUUUGAGCCCUUCAACGUGACCAUCUUUGUGCGCAUAUUCCUCUUCCUGUUUCGUUUUAAGAGAAGCAAAUAUUACAUGGCAAAAUACAAUUUGAUGUACGCUUGUCGGGGAACAAUUAUGCGUUUGUAAUGGCUCGGUUUUGUAGAAUGUGGACUUUACGUGCCGACGAGCUGAUUGUUCAAAAUAAUUCCGUGAAAUCUGGUGGCCAAAACUAGGUGCAAGAAUGUGCGGCCCACGCGAGAUGAUUUAAAUCUGUCAACGACGAGCAAUCCAUCGCCACAAGUAAUCUGUAAGUGAUGGGAUUUUCAUCCUCAUUUUCUUAUUUUAAUUAUUGUUGACUAGGCAAGUGUAGAUGAGGUCAGCAUAGUGUAAAGGUACAAGCCAUCUAGAUAUGGGGAUCCUAGAGGCAUACUGCAGCAGCGAAUGUUGAUGGCUUACUGAUGAGUGCUCAUGACGAUGAAACCGGGUACAGGUGUCUGUUUCACUGCUGCCAAUUUGGCAUGACCACAUUUUCUCAACCCUUUUGAUUCGUUGGUCCAAAUGACAUUUGCCACACACAGUUAUUUUGAGCUUGUGGUCUGGAUAAGCUUUUGUACUUUCAAUGCAUACCUUUGUAUUUUACAGAUAUUCCCAUGUGAUGCUAUGCAUUUGAAUGGGUAAUUGUUAAUUAACUAAAGAUUAACAGUAUUAACGUCAGGAGGAUACAACUGGAUCCAGAACAAAACAAAAUUCAGACUGUCAAUAAAGGAAAGUAGAAAAUAUUACAAACAUUUAAAUAUGUUGUCCAAUAUUAAAAAUAUUUAAUACAAACUAUACGUUACGAUUCAACUACCGGUAAUUUGAUGAAGCGCCAGAUUUCAGUUACAAAUAAAUUAAGUGUUGUCUUCGUUUUGUCGCUCCUCAUGCCAGUCUCGUAUGUUCUGUUCUGGUUUGUUAUGCCCAUUCGCCUACAUAGAUAUUUGCAGAUUAGAAUAUAAUUAACAUUAAUCAUAAAUAAUUUAGAUGUUUUUCACACAUUCAAUGCUUGUAUCCAGGAUAAUGAGAAUCCAUUCAAAGAACUCAUCGGUGAAUUGCUGUACAGAUCUAGUUAGAUAUGUACCCGUACCUAAGUAGACCGUUUGACAUGGGUUUUUGAGGCGUCAUCAUCAGCCAUGAUCAAUUCACCGCUGGAAUGAAGACCUCAAGCCGUUGCCGUCUCUCGGUCGUGCGAUGCAACAAUACAUCGAGCACCUGUACGCAAGCCGAUUUUGUAUCUCCAUCUCCUCGUUCCCUCCUUUGCUUUGUCACUCCGUUGGUCGUCUCGACCACAAGCCUUCAUCCCUUAUCGCGAAGUGUUCUGCCAAAGUGCACUUUUCUUAACGGUCAAUGUUGGAAUGUUCUCUCUACUCAUUGUGCUCGUCUUUCUGCCUCCGAUUGUAAUUGCAAUCGUGCAUGUCUCCGUUCUUCUCCGUUCUUCUUUUUCAAACAUUAACGCGCUCAGUUUGCUUCGUCAAUGUCCGUGUUUCUCGUGAGGGAAAAAUAGUUUAAAAUCCCAACCGGAAGUGUUGAGCGAUAUCACUGCAAUAAUUAUUUUUUUUAAACACAGGACUGAUGUCGGUAGCGCGUUCCUGUGAGUGUUAGGCCUUUUUUUUAUCAUUACCCUUCAACCUCGCGUUGAGCAGCUUGGAGUACAGCGCACGUACUAUCCGCAAAUGAAAACAUUUUUGGAUUGCGUUUUCCAGUUACGCCGACCGAAACGGCCGACCACGGAUGAGUUUAUUGUUGUUGCAGCGUCUGUUUCAUCGCAAUAUCGUAAAAUUCGGUGCGACAACAAUCUUAUCUUCAAACAGGCUUGGGGGGGGCCUCUACGUUGCGUCUUUGCCUUAUUGUGCCUUAGUUAAAAUAUAACGAGUAGAAGUUGUACAUUUUGUGAGUUUACUCUCCAACAUACCACUGUACUAAACUAACUAAUGGGCACGUUUUGUCUACGUGACAAACCUUACGAAUGGGUUGCGCCGGGUGGUGGUGGGUUUAACGACACAUGUAUAUUUACGCGAUCUAACCCAAAAAAACGUCUUCUGAAUGAAAAGAAAGAUUAAGCGUUGAUGCGAUGUCAUGUCAGCGACACUGGCGGGGAAACGCGCGGGUGCUUUGUGCAGUGUUUGCGGCUCGAUGGUUUUUUUCUUUAAACUUAAUGAGCCCUGAUGAUGUACACAUUAGGCCGUCAUUUCUCAGGUAUCCGAGUGGUUUUUAUCGCGAGCCGAUCGUCUCCACUCAUUCACACGUGCAUUGGACCGAGUGACGGCAUCUCGGUUAAGUAAUUGCACGACAUAGUCCAGCUCAAUUUCACGUUUGUCAUACUUUGUUUUCACUCAUGCGACAUUUAGCUCCUGAACAUACGCAAAAAUAGAAUUAAAACUCCGUAUGAAACGUGAAUGUGUUUAGCCGUCCUUUGUUAAUUUGUUGUCAUUUUGUGUUUUUUUUGUUGUUUGUCAAAAUUACAUUGUGAAAGGAUGCAAAGGUCAGCCGUCUUUCCUGUCACUCUAGUUCCUCCAGCAGUAGUAGAAUUGUCCCGAUAGCACGCUCGCCUCGGUAAAUGCUCUACGGCAAAGCACACACCGAGUUUAUGUACGGUAUUGCUUUUUUCUCCAUUUAGCGGGGUCCCGUAGUUUAUAUGGAGUGCUUUGAAGCCGAUAAAAUCUGGUAAUACCAGCUUGACAAUCAGAUGGAGUAGCGAGAAAGUUUAAACAGGUCCCAGAGUUUGCUUAAACAAAAUGCUGCUUGAUAAUAUUUGGAAAGCCAAAAGGGAUUACUUUUUUAAAGUCACCAAGUUGUGCUUGUAUAUAUUCAGUUACCCAUGGUGUUCCAUGUGAAAGCAUAAUGAGUGUGUGUCAAGUGGAAUUCGCCGAGAGUAAAUGCACACCCGUGUCAAAGAACCACUUUAAUUUGCGGAGUGGGAAAAUCGGGCCAAACAAAGGGCUUGCUUUGGGCACAGACCAAUGACGGACACCUUUAAAAGUAAAUGUUAAAUAAGGCGUCAUUGUACGGCAGGAAAUAACUCGCAAGGAUACGUAUGGCUCGUGUCGUUUCAACACUGGCAACAUUUAAUGCAAACGUUGCAGCUUUUUUUGUUGUUUAGUUAAAAGUGCAAGAUGUAAUUUUGAGUGCAUGAAAAUAUAUGUUUUAGAUCAUUCCAACACUUGUGACGCUUUUUCUUCUGUGCAUAUGCUUUUCUAGUUGUAAACAUGUAUACCAAUUUGCUUUUAAUUGCAACUCUUUACCGUUUCAUGAACGUCUUCCACGUGUAGUAAAUAUGCCCGGAAAGUACUCUUUAACCGUGUUUAAUUUGCCAAACGUGUUAACUGUGAAGCCUAGCUGCCAAUUGGGCUCGCCAGACGACGUUUCGAUGUUGGCAUUUGUGUUGUAUAUUCAUUGCGUUCAGGUAGACAUCGUUUGAAAUAAAGUUACGAAGAAACCAAU